GACUGGCCGUGUACCACGUCCGUGACGUCACCACGUUCAUCGUCGUGUGUGUUAUGUGUCAAGCUAGGCCUAGGCCAUGAGUACCGAGGCCCACAGGCCGACGGCCAACGGCUUCAAAGUCCCCGUACAACAGUCCGUCAGGAAAUACACCAGGAGGGACACCAGUGAAGUCAGCUGCUGCUUGAAGUACCUCAUUUUUGGAUUCAACGUCUUGUUUUGGUUGGUAGGCCUGGGUAUCCUGUCUAUCGGAGUGUGGGCCUGGUCAGAGAAAGAUACCUUCAACAACCUUAGCAGGCUAGCCAACAUUGCACUUGAUCCUGCAUUCGUACUUAUCAUCACUGGGGCUGUGACUUUCAUAAUCGGGUUCACCGGUUGUGUUGGAGCUCUCAGAGAGAAUACUUGUCUCCUGGCCGCAUAUGCCUUUUUCCUUGCUGUGAUUUUGCUCCUAGAAAUAACUGCAGUGUUCAUGCUAUUCAUAUUUAGAGAUUGGAUCAAACUACAAGCAACGUCCGGAUUCCAGGCCUUCAUCAUUCACUACAGGGAAGAUCCUGACCAGCAGAACCUGAUAGACUGGAUACAAGAAGACUGGUUGCAGUGUUGCGGUAUCGAGGGGCCCAAAGACUGGGACAGAAACAACUACUUCAAUUGUUCCUCGAGGGACGUUGGUAGCAGAGAAGCUUGCGGAGUUCCGUUCUCUUGUUGCAAAAGAAAACCCAAUGAAGUUAUAAAAAACAAACAAUGUGGAUAUGAUGUCCGCAAACCUGGAUAUUUUGCAGACGGGUGGACGAACCUGUCCCCCGCACAGAGCGGGGAACACAACAUAUUUGAGCGGGGGUGUUGGCGGGCGGGGGAGGAGUGGGUGGAGCAUAACCUCAUUCCUCUCCUAGUGGUUAUGGUCACAAGUGUAGUGCUUCAGUUAACAGGUGAGUUUCACAUUUGUUGCCAGAACUUUGAUGCAUCCAAGAUCAUAAAUGAGAAGGGAUGUGUGCAAGCAGGAGAGGAGUGGAUAGAACGGAAUCUUCUCCAUAUAUGUACCAUGGGACUUGUAGUUACAUUCCUGCAGAUAAUCGGCAUCUGCUUCUCGCAGAAUCUACGAGCUGACAUCUUCGCACAGAAGUCCAAGUGGCAUUGACACGCGUUGGCCUCGGCUGUCUAGUCUCCACUGAACACCACACUUACUGUUGAACACCGUUUGAACCUGUCAACAAUAUGUGUUACUGUUGACAUCACAUUCACUGCAGUACCAGCAUUAUAUAUUAAGGUGUUAAAGCGAAUGUUACAAACGUAACCUAUAUUUUUAAACACUGUCUAAAUAAGUGUGUAGUCAUCCUCAAAGUAUUUGUUUUGAUUGUAUAUUUUUUAUGGACAAUACCAAGUGAAACUAAACUCUUGUUUACGUCAACCCUUAAAUCUUUUAUGAUUAGACCGAGAGAAAUGUAUUUUUUACGUAAGUUUACUUUGACAUCAGCUGAUCCUAAGAUAAUUAAUGUUACGCAUUAGGUGAGCAAGAUAUUUGGUUCAAGCUGUAAAGUAUUUUUCACUCAACAUCUAGACUGAAAAUUUGAGUGCAGAACUUGUAAAAAGUCUUCUCCUUUAGUGAAAGAUUAAGGCACAACUAAAUGUCUGUAUUUGAACAAUAGAAACUGGCAUAUCCACUCUCAGCCUUCAAUAGAUUAUAUUUACUUUGAAUAGUCAACAAGUGUGAGAAUGAGGCAACCGGUUCAUUUAUUGCCUCAUACUAAGUAUUAUUGUUCAUAAGAUUUUUUUUGCUCACUCAAACAAAUAUUGAAAUUUUCUGGUUUUGAAAACUAGCCAUAGUUGGAUAUUCAUGACUAAAUAUUCUGAAAUGAAUGAAGAGGUUUUAGUCAAGAGGAGAAGUACGAGGAUUCGUGUCUCCCCAGUCAUUCAUAGUUGUAGCAAAGUAUUGUGAUAGUUUUGUAUUGUGAGUGACUUUUGUACAUUUUUAUAUGAUUACUAGAUGUGUUCAGAUGUGUAUUUGCGAUCAAGUGACCAACAUAGCUAACUAGCAAUCAAAUGUGUAAAUAGAUAUGACGGCUAGUCUAGUGAAAUUAAAUAAAUAAAUUAUUUUGUAAACUGCUUGACUGCCUCAAUGUUGAUUUGCCGCUUGUCAGAAUGUCGAAGUGUGAUACAACUUGUAAACUUGUUCAUACCAACAUCCUUAAAUUAUGUGUCAUUGUCUUUGAUGCCUUGAUAGGAAAAAAAACAACUUGCAAAAUCUGUAACAGGAAAAAUAGAUUGAGUGAUGUACUAUCACUCUCUUUCUCAAUUUCACUUCUUGUGAUCUAAGUAAGUGAAGGUUCUAAGAUAAGUUUUGCUAUAAAUUAUUUAUGUCUGAUGGACUUGCAGACUUUUGACACAUGACUAACAAAACACAAACAAUACAGUGUUUCUUGUUAAAGUUAAGUCAAUAAAUUAGCUUGAAAACAAUCAAAAGAGUCAAAACAUAAGAAUUCUCAGUCACUGGAUGUUAUUUAGUGAAAAUGCAUAAUGCAUGUCAUUAUUGGACAAGGAGAAUGUAGCAAAAUACAAUUCAAUAAAUAGAUGAAUGUACAUCCUAAUACUCCUUACAAUGUUCCAUGUAUUAAGUGGUUGGUUGAGAUGAGAAAUAAAAAAUAUAAUUGUAACCGACUAACUAAACACUAACAAUCACUAAAAUUUGUACUAUCAGUCAAAAUUUUAGACAAAAAAUUCUUAACAAACUUAUUAAUUUUUUCAUCCAUUUAUCUUGUACAAUUUUGUUUUAAAGAAUGGAUGUGUAUGUACAAAUAACAACCAGUGUGUUAGUUAAGACAUGUAUUGUGAUAAAUCUCUGAUAAGUUUCGGGAGUUCCUCCAAAUUGUUUUAUUUUGUACAAAUGUUAACCAUACUUACAAGAAAAGGUGCUUUCAGAAAUUAUGUUUUGUAGUAUGUGAAACGCUAUACCCAUGUAUUUAUAUGUAUGGCUAUAUUGUAAAUUUGUGUAAAUAUGUAUUUAAUAUAUUUUAUAUUAAUUUUAA